AUGGUGGCUGGUAAGGUCAAAUUAGCCAUGGGUUUGCAGAAAUCACCGUCCAAUUCCAAGACGGAAGUGCAACAACAGAGGCAACAUCCGUCUCCAUCGCAUAGUUCCGGUGGUGGAGGUGGGAAGGUGCCACAGAAAGGGGCGGUGUUCUCACGGUCAUUUGGGGUGUACUUCCCGCGGUCCUCAGCUCAGGUCCAGCCGCGACCACCGGACGUGGCGGAGCUGUUACAUUUGGUGGAGGAGUUGAGGGAACGAGAGUCGAGGUUAAGGACGGAACUAUUGGAGCAAAAGCUACUCAAGGAGUCUGUGGCUAUACUCCCACUUCUCGAGAAUGAGAUCUCGAGAAAGGAUUCGGAAAUCAGCCGAUCUUCUAAGAAGAUCGAGUGUCUAGAAGCCGAGAACGAGAGGUUGAGGCAAGAUGUUGAAAUGCUGCAUUUGAAGCUCACGGAACAAAAGAGGGAAUUCGAGCAGAGAAUGAAGGAUUUGGAGCUGGCGUCGGCUACGUCUUCUUCGCAGAGGUUUCAGCAAUUGAUGGAUAUUUCAGGCAAGUCUACUAUGAUCAAGAGCUUGAAACGAGGCCAUACGUUCGCGAAUCUUCCAGUGAAUCGGCAUCAUAAUGAAAUCGACAACAAAUGUUAUACAGAAUCGAGCUCAAAAGAGUCGAUAUUAGUAGAAAUCGACAAUUUGCCAAGGCUUUCUCGGUGUGAUUCGUUAGAUAUGGGGGAUUCAGUUAUUGAAGUUCGGUCUCGAGUUCCUAGGGUUCCAAAACCGCCUCCACGGCCUUCUACAUCAUCGUGUUCGUCAUCAUCGUGUUCUUCUUCCUCUAAUAGCUCACUGAGCAGCUCGGCAGAGAGAGCAUUGACUGAGCAACAACCUCCGGUUCCACCACCUCCACCAUCAAAUAAACUAGCUCCUCCGCCACCACCACCUCCUCCCAGAACCAGCAAAGCUCCUGCUCCUCCCCCUCCUCCACCUCCACCUACAGGUCUAAAGCCGUUGCCGGCGAAGGUUCGUCGAGUUCCGGAGGUCGUCGAGUUCUACCACUCUCUGAUGCGGAGAGAGUCUCGCCGGGAGUCCUGCAACGGAUCUUCCUCCGCCGACGUACCGUCGACCGCCAAUACACGUGACAUGAUCGGAGAAAUCGAGAACCGGUCCACGCAUUUGCUCGCGAUAAAGACAGAUGUGGAAACACAAGGUGAUUUUAUAAGGUUUUUGAUCAAAGAAGUCGAGAAUGCGUCAUUUACAGAUAUCGAAGAUGUUGUGCCCUUUGUGAAAUGGCUCGACGAUGAACUCUCUUACCUGGUUGAUGAGAGGGCAGUUCUGAAGCACUUUGAAUGGCCGGAGCGUAAAGCGGAUGCAUUGAGAGAAGCUGCAUUCGGGUAUUGUGAUCUAAAGAAGCUUGAAUCGGAGGCAUCAUCGUUUCGAGACGAUCCUCGCCAGCAUUGUGCACCGGCUCUCAAGAAAAUGCAAGGAUUGUUUGAAAAAUUAGAGCAUGGAGUGUAUAAUCUAUCACGAAUGAGAGAAUCGGCUUCAACACGAUACAAAGUAUUUCAAAUCCCGAUGGGUUGGAUGCAAGACACCGGAUUUGCAGCUCAGAUCAAGCUUGCAUCGGUGAAGUUAGCAAUGAAGUACAUGAGAAGAGUAUCGGCAGAACUGGAGACGGUUGGCGGUCCAGAAGAGGAAGAGUUGAUAGUUCAAGGUGUACGAUUCGCAUUUCGCGUACAUCAGUUUGCGGGUGGUUUUGAUGUUGAAACGAUGAGGGCAUUCGUAGAGCUGCGUGAUAAAGCAAGAUCUUGCCAUGAAAACCAACAGAAAUGCUAAACAUUCUUUAUCUGUAGCAAACUCAGCUUCAGCAUUCAUUUAUCAAUCGGGCUUUUUUGCUGUAAAGAAGGGACGGACGGACGGACUCUUUUGGUGUGAAUACAGACACUCUUUCCAUUUUCGCAUUUAACUUACAAUAUCAUAAUUAAAUGAAGAAUCAUUUGUG